AUGGCCAAGAUUUACAUGGCAGCCCCUGGACACACUUACAUUGUUCAGGAGAUCAUAUGUGCAUUGGCUAUCCUGGGAGUCCAAAGUGCUGGGGACCAGGAGGCAGGAAAGCCGAUGGCCAUGGGUUUCAGCCUAUUUAGAAGACUAGUUCAGAGUGUACACUGGGAAACAGCCCUUGAAAACAAGGGGGUCCAGGAGGGAUGGACGUACUUCAAGAAGCAAAUUUUGAAAGCACAGGAGCAGGCUGUCCCACUGUGCCGAAAGGCAAGCCGGUGGGGAAGACGAUUGGUCUGGCUGAAAAGGGAGAUUUUGGAAGAAAUUAGGGUAAAGAAGAGAGCCUACCGAUUAUGGAAAAAAGGGCUGACUACUCAGGAAGAAUUUAGGAAUAUAGUUAGGUCAAAUAGAAAGAAAAUCAGAGGGACGAAGGCACGACUUGAACUGAAUCUCGCCACCUCUGUGAAGGAUAACAAAAAGUCCUUUUACAGAUACAUCAAUAGCAAAAGGAGGGGCAAGGAAAACCUCCACUCUUUACUGGACAUGGGUGGGAAUACAGUUAGCAAAGAUGAGGAAAAGGCUGAGGUAUUUAACACCUUCUUUGUCUCAGUUUUCAACAGUAAGACAGGUUGUCCUGAGGACAGCUGGCUUCUAGAGCUUGUAGAAAGAGACAAGAAUCUGAACAGCCCCCCUGUAAUCCAGAAGGAAACAGUUAGUGACCGACUGAGCUGCUUGGAUCCCCACAAGUCUAUGGGACCAGGUGGGAUCCACCCAAGGGUGAUGAGGGAGCUGGCGGAAGAGCUCACCAAGCCUCUCUCCAUCAUCUACCAACAGUCCUGGCCCACUGGGGAGGUCCCAGAUGAUUGGAAGUUGUCAAAUGUCAUGCCAAUCCACAAAAAGGGCCAGAAGGAGGACCCAGGAAACUACAGGCCUGUCAGCCUGACCUCAGUGCCUGGCAAGGUUAUGGAGCAGAUCGUCCUCAGUGCAAUCACACAGCACCUACGGGAUGGACAACGGAACAGACCCAGCCAGCACGGGUUUAGGAAGGGCAGGUCCUGUCUGACCAACCUGAUCUCCUUUUAUGAUCAGGUGACCCGCCUGGUGGAUGAGGGGAAGACUGUGGAUGUCUACCUGGAUUUCAGUAAGGCCUUUGACACUGUCUCCCACAGCAUUCUCCUGAAAAAGCUGGCAGCCCACGGCUUGGACAGGGGCACUCUGUGCUGGGUUAGGAACUGGCUGGAGGGCCGGGCCCAGAGAGUGGUGGUGAACGGGGCUGCAUCCAGUUGGGCACCAACAACUAGUGGUGUCCCACAGGGAUCAGUGUUGGACCCAGUUCUGUUUAAUAUCUUUAUUGAUGAUUUAGAUGAGGAGAUUGAGUCCAUCAUCAGCAAAUUUGCAGAUGACACUAAGCUGGGGUGGAGUGUCGAUCAGCUGGGAGGCAGGAGGGCUCUGCAGAGGGACCUGGUUAGGUUGGAGAGUUGGGCUGAUCCCAGCGGGAUGAGGUUCAACAAGGCCAAGUGCUGGGUCCUGCACUUUGGCCACAACAACCCCCUGCAGCGCUACAGGCUGGGGACGUGGCUGGAGAGCAGCCAGGCAGAGAGGGACGUGGGAGUUUGGAUUGACAGGAAGCUGAACAUGAGCCAGCAGUGUGCCCAGGUGGCCAAGAAGGCCAGUGGCAUCCUGGCCUGGAUCAGGAACAGUGUGGCCAGCAGGUCCAAAGAAGUGAUUCUUCCCCUGUACUCAGCACUGGUGAGGCAGUACACAUAA